AUGGGGCCGAUGGGAAGCUACAUCGACUGGGGCAUGAUUUGGCGCGACAUCGAGUGGAUCGGGAGCGAUGUCAAGGUUGCCAUAGAGGGCGGGGUGGAGGGUAUCAUGCUGAGCAACCACGGAAGCGCAACCUCAGCUUCUCUCCGCCUGUCCAUCCUUCUGCUUCUCGAGAUGCACAGGAACCGUUCGUAG